AUGGCGUGGUCCUUAUUAUCGGUGGAACAACCAGUACCACAUUUGCACCAGAAAUUUCAUCAAGCUGACAUAAUGUGGCGAUCUGAAGAAGAUGAAGCCUUAGCUGGCAUAAGGAAGCUGUUUCAGGAUACUGACGACAUGGAUUGCAUUUCCAAAAUGCUGAAGAAUGAUGCUGCAACAAGCUGGACUGAAGAAUUCCAGAAAGCCUUCGACAAAAUCAAGGAGUAUUUAUCUAAACCACCUGUUCUGAAGACGGUUAAAGGGCAAGCGUUGGCAGAUCAUUUGGCAGAAACUCCUAUAGACGGAGAAUAUGAACCAUUGAUAACAUAUUUUCCCGACGAGAAGGUAUCAUUUGUGGGAGAAGAUAUCACCAAAGCAUACGAUGGUUGGGGAAUGUUCUUCGAUGGAGCUGCAAACUUCAAAGGAGUGGGUAUCGGAGUUGUCUUAUUGUUAGAAACAGGCCAACACUAUUCGAUAUUUGCAAAACUCAGGUUUCCAUGUACCAACAAUAUGGAAGAAUAUGAAGCUUGCAUUUUGGGACUCAGGUUGGCCAUUGACAUGAAUGUUCAGAAGUUGCUGGUGAUUGGAGAUUCUGAUCUUUUGAUGCAUCGGGUUUUAGGAGAAUGGGAUACAAAGAACACCAAAAUAUUGCCAUAUCUGUACCGUGUACAAGAACUUAUCAAGAGGUUCACGAAAAUGGAAUUCAACCAUGUUCCGAGGAUUCAGAAUGAGUUCGCAGAUGCUUUGGCCACUUUAUCUUCCAUACAACACCCAGACAAGAAUUUCAUCGAUACGAUCCCAAUAGAUUCAUAA